AUGCAACAUGAAACCUGCCUGCUCUUGCUCGAAGGAAAGUUGGGCCUCGCUCCCGUGGUCGAGCCCAAGUACGUGCUCGAUGUGGCGACUGGGACCGGUAUCUGGGCCGUCGAGUACGCUGAGAGGCAUCCCGAGAGCGUCGUCGUCGGCAGUGACCUCAGCUGCAUCCAGCAGGCCUCUCGCCCGCCCAACUGCUCCUUCGUGCAGCAUGACGUAGAGCGCGACUCAUGGGAAUUGUUUGGCCGCAUGUUUGACUAUAUACACAUGCGCUUCGUCAUCACCUGCUUUGACGACACCCAGGUGGUUCUGCGCCGCUGCUUUGACAAUCUUCGCCCCGACGGCUACAUUGAGAUUUUUGACGUCUCGCACGACCCCAUCGACUUUGACGGCUCCGCCCGCGGCUCGACUUUUGAGCGUUGGACCCAUGAGAUCCGCCGGGCCGCGCUCAAAAGGGGCCGAGACCUUACCGAGGCGAAGCAGUAUCCGGCUUGGUGCCGCGACGCGGGCUUCGUGGACGUCACCGAGGAGCUCAUCCCGGUGCCGUGCGGCCCCUGGGCCAAAGACCCGCGACUCAAGGCCAUCGGGAGGCGAUGGAUGGUCACCUGGACGGGCGUGCUGAGCGCGCUCAGUAAGCUCUUCGCAUCCGAGGGCUUGGUGCAGGAUGGUAUCGAGGGGCUCCAGGAGGAAGCGAUGCGCGAGUGUCUGGAUCCAAACAUUCACCUCGGGUUUGUGCUGCGUGUUACGUAUGGACGGAAGCCAGCCUAGAGGUCUUAGUUGAUGUCUCGGGCGUCGCUGCUUUCUGUCAGCAAAGCUGGUACGAGCUGGUCGCAUCGCAACAUCCCAACGAGUGCUCUAGUGUUGUCCUUGUCGUAUAGACACCUCAAACUCUUCUUGUCCUUCUUGUCCUUCUUCUUGGAUAAUCACCUCAAACUCCUGCUGCUCCCUCGGCUGGUUGAACAGGUCCCAGGCGCGGUCCGCGAUGAAGCGCGGGU